AUCAAGACAGAGGACAGUUUGAGCCAUUCCCCAGGACAGAGCGGAUUCCUCAGCUACAGUUCGAGUUUCAGUACGCCACCGCCGGGGCAAGCGCCAUACACGUAUCAGAUGCACGGUCCCCUCGGAAUCUAUCAAGGAGCCAACAGCCUGACCAAUAGCGGGGCCUUCAGCGGCGUUCACCAGGAAUAUUCCUCAUACCCGGGUUUUAGCCAAGGCCAGUACCCCCAGUAUUACAGCACGACGUACAACUCCCCCUACAUCCCCACCAACAGCAUCAGUCCCACCUCCAUAUCCUCCACCACCUACGCCCUGCAAGAGGCUUCCCACCACAUCUCCAAUCAGAGCUCAGAGUCUUUGUCA